CAAAACGUACAGGAAGCGUUGUUUCUGAUUUCACAUGCUUUACAAUGGCUGCGACAUUACCACUGAAUCCUAAACCGUUCCUAAAUGGGUUGACAGGCAAACCUGUGAUGGUCAAACUAAAAUGGGGAAUGGAGUACAAGGGAUAUCUAGUAUCAGUUGAUGGAUAUAUGAAUUUACAGCUUGCAAACACAGAGGAAUUUAUUGAUGGUACAUUGACAGGAAACCUGGGCGAAGUUCUCAUCAGAUGUAACAAUGUGAUGUAUAUCAGGGGAGUGGAAGAAGAAGAGGAGGAUGGUGAAAUGAGAGAAUAGAUAUUUAUUUGAACACUAUCACUUCUACUGCCAGCAGGCAAAAACCUGACAUUUUUAAAGUCAAUCUUUCCUUGCUAUUACAUCAUGCAGCAAUCUCGUGAAAACAUAAUUGUGGUGCGGACCAUCAUCAUAACAACCUGAAUACAUUUCAAUACAAGAUGAAAGUUCAAUACAAGCUGACACAAAGUAAACUCUUGCAGAGAUUAUCAUUCCUGUAAUUUUAUUUCUUUUUGACUAGUAAACUGUUUUUUAUUCAAAUGCA